AUGCUGGAACUUCCUUUUACUCAUGUUGAAAUUAAACAAGCAGUAUUUGAGCUUAACGCUGAUAAGGCACCAGGUCCAGAUGGUUUUCCAAUAUUCUUUUUUCAAAAACACUGGAGCCUUAUUCAGGAUGAUUUAUUUAAAUUCUGUAGCGAUUUUUAUGAUGGCACUAUUAAUUUUGAAAGAGUCAACUGGGUUCACAUCGCGCUUAUUGCCAAAACAAAUACUCCAACUGAGGUCACUGAUUACAGACCCAUCAGUCUUAUCAACUCUACUUGCAAAAUCAUUUCCAAGAUUCUCGCCACUAGGUUGAAUCAUAAGAUUGAUCUCUUAGUGGAUAAUUCUCAAUCUGGAUUCAUUAAGGGUAGAUGCAUUGCAGAUAAUAUCAUAGCUGCCCAGGAAAUCCUCAUUAAUGGAUCUGCACGGGGUUAUAUCCGCUGCAAAAGAGGAUUGAGGCAGGGCGAUCCUUUGUCACCCCUUCUAUUUGCUUUAGCAGCUGAUACUCUAAGCGCAAUGUUUUACCAUGCUAUUAAUUCCAAGGCUGCUCUGGUAUUUCAAUCAAUUUCUCUAAAAGGUGCCUAUAUUCCACCAAUUUUGGCUUCCAACCGCUCUCCUCCUCUGCGAGAAUUCUCAAUUGCAACAGAGAUUGCCUCCCCAUUACUUAUCUGGGUAUCCCCUUUUCUGGUAGACGACCCAGAAGAACUGACUGUUUACUGGAUGUCAGUUUUCAAACUUCCAGCCUGGGUCAUUCAUGAAAUUGACAAAAUCAGGAGAGAUUUCUUAUGGAAAGGGCCUGAUCUUGGCUCGAAAGGAAUUAGAUUAAUUGCAUGGAAAAGGAUCUGUCGACCCCGUAGUAUGGGUGGCUGGGGUAUUCUUGAUUUACAUGAAUUCAACAAAGCCUUACUUGGAAAAUGGUGGUGGAAAUUCAUCACCACACCGAAUUCUUGCUGGUCCAACAUCAUCAGAGCCAACUAUUUCAAUUGUGAUUCUCCCAGUAUCUUGUAUUCACAACCACCAAGAAAUAAAUCAUUCUUCUGGGCAGGAAUCAACGCCAUUCUACCCACUUUCCGUGCCUGCUUAAUCAAGACAGUUGGUAAUGACUCGGAAUCUCAUCUGCAGGAAGCUUCAGAGGACAUUCAGAAGAUCAAGCGCUCCUUAAGCUUCCUGAGCUCCAGAUCCACCGACUUCUCCAGCGAGCUGGCGCCCAGCCCAAACCAGGAGUAA